UAAUAUCACGGGCGAACUAAAAACAGAACAGUGGGUUGAUCAACUCUGAUGAAGAAGCUGAACGAACGCAAGACUCAGAUCUUUGACGACAACAAAUUGAGAAUUAUGAAAUUCAAAGGGAGCGUAGCAUCUCUUUGGAAGACAGAUAAAGCUAACCAUGAAGCCACAGGUCUCCGCAGGACGUAUUCAGAAAGUGUUUUGUUCCACAGCGACUGGCUGCAACGACUCAAGCACUUCAACAUGGCACACCAAAAAAUUGAAGAAACAGGAAACAAAACAAACGAAACUCUUCGAAGGACCAUCAAAGUUGAACCCAGUAUUUUUCCGCGACAAAGGAGAGCAGUUGAAUUAAAACCAGUGAAAUCUUGUCUUCGGGCGACAGAACAGCUGAGCGAUCAGAGCCCAGAAUGUCAAACUUGCAGACGUGUCACAUUUUCGACGUAUGCACUUAUUCUUCAUGCUGCGGGGCAGAACUCUGUUUCUGAACUGAAAGAUCUCUUGGAUAGGAAGCCCUUGCACAUCAAUAAACCAAGUUCGUCUGGUGAUACUGCCCUUCAUAAAGCCGCGGCAAAGGGAAGUUUAGACUGUAUUAAACUACUUGUUCAGCGAGGAGCAAAUGUCAACAAGGUUGACAAGGAAGGUAGAACUCCUCUCCUCGUCGCCUGGGAGAACGGACAUUUUGAAUGCCACAAAUAUAUGCUAAAAACUUUGCGUCGAUGAUUCGCCUUGCUAGCUCUCAGAUGAGUCUUGGAGUCAUUGUAAAUAAAAGUUAUUUUAAGAUAUUUCCACUUUUGGAAACUCAAUGGUAAGCUAUUUUGUAAUACUGUAUAUAACAGUAUUUUUACAUAAAUUAUCCAAAGGGCUUAUAUAUUUUCUUAGACGUUUUUAAAUAAUAAUGAUGAUUCCUACUCCUAAUUUCGAAAGAGUUGAGAAUAGUAGAGACUUAUACAUGGAUUAGUAGAGAAUUAUACAUGGAUUAGAAGUAAAUUUGAAAAUUUAUUUAAACUUCUGCGCGCGCCUACAGCUUUGUAGUCAAGAUGUGCUUUAGUGUGCGAAAUUUUUGCUACGUUCAGAAACUUUAUUGAAGAGAAUAAACACGUUUUUGAGGAGA